UUCAUACAUGAAAAACGAAUAAACAAAUAUAAAAGACAUAAGAGACGGGCAUUUUAAGGUGGUGCUGGUGUGAAGAUGUUUUGGACAGUGAGCUGGAGAGGGGACGAGGGGCUCUGGAUUGAAUUUCAGCAUGACAGCAUUCCCCAGUGCUGCAGUGAGCGUGAGAGGGAGUGAAGACAGUGACCUACAAACAGGUUUAAGUAUCCAUACUGCACUGACCGAGGGGAGGACAGAGUUUGUGGUUCAGGGUACGGGAAAAAAACACCUCCUGUUGGACUCAUAUGGUAGAACGUCUGGCAGAAAGGGGGGAUAGUAGAUACCCAGCUCAUGGUGCGGUGCAGGUAGGGAAGAAACACGGAUAGCGUGAGGUAACAGUUUUGGAUUUACGGACACUAGUUGCAGAGGACUGAGUGAACAAGAAAGAAGAAGAGAUGGACAAAGGAGGAGGAGGAGGAUCGGACAGGGGAAUAGAGGACACAAAACAAGUAGAGGAAGAGAUCAGCGAAAGUGACAAGAAACUCAAGGACCAGCGCAACAAGGCAGAAAAGGGUGACAAAGAGAAGGGUGAGAGGAAGAGAGAGAACAGAAGAUCCGGUUCAAUGUGGAGAGGAGGUUGGGCGCUGUCCGAACGACUGGCCAUCAAUGUGUCAGGCAUGCGCUAUGAGACACAGAUCCGAACCCUGGCCCAGUUCCCUGACUCUCUGCUCGGAGACCCUCAGCGGCGCCUGCGCUACUUUGAUCCACUCCGCAACGAGAUCUUCCUGGACCGCAAUCGAUUCUGCUUUGACGCCAUCCUUUACUUCUAUCAGUCCGGAGGUCGGCUACGGCGGCCUGCCAACGUGCCUCUGGACGUCUUCAUGGACGAACUGCGCUUUUAUGAGCUGGGAGAGGAUAUCAUGGCUCGCUUCAAAGAGGAUGAGGGCUUCCCCAAGGAGGAGCCUCGGCCCCUGCCAGACAAUGAGAUCCAGCGCAAGCUGUGGAUGCUCUUUGAACACCCCGAGUCCUCUGGAGGCGCCCGCAUCAUUGCCAUCAUCAGUGUGAUGGUGAUUGUGGUCUCUAUCCUCAUCUUCUGUUUGGAGACGCUGCCUGACUUCAGAGUAGAGAAGGAGCUGAGAGAACAAAUGGCAUACCAGGCUUUCCUAGCCGGAAACAAUACCUCGCAAAUCCCAAUGUCCUCUCCCUUCCACGACCCAUUCUUUCUGGUGGAGACCAUGUGCAUCUGCUGGUUCUCAUUUGAGCUAGUAAUGCGUUUCACCUGCUCUCCCAGUAAGAUGUCUUUCUUCAAGGAUGUGAUGAACAUCAUAGACUUCUUUGCCAUUAUUCCCUACUUCGUCACGCUCGGCACGGAGCUGGCCAAGUCUAAGGGAGCGACGCCGACCAUGUCCCUGGCAAUCGUGAGGGUCAUCCGUCUGGUCAGAGUUUUCCGUAUCUUCAAGCUGUCUCGUCACUCCAAAGGCCUUCAGAUCCUUGGCCAGACGUUGAAGGCCAGCUUGAGAGAGCUGGCGCUGCUCAUCUUCUUCCUCUUCAUCGGAGUCAUCCUGUUCUCCUCGGCCGUGUACUUUGCUGAAGUGGACAACCCGGAAACGGCGUUUACAAGCAUCCCAGAAGCCUUCUGGUGGGCUGUGGUCUCAAUGACGACAGUGGGGUAUGGUGACAUGUACCCGGUGACGGUGGGCGGGAAGCUGGUGGGCUCCAUGUGCGCCAUCGCCGGCGUGCUCACCAUCUCGCUUCCCGUUCCCGUCAUCGUUUCCAACUUCAGCUACUUCUACCACCGCGAAAUGGAGUGUGAGGACAACCAGGAAUACACGCACGUCAGCACCUCCCUUUGGGAGGAGGAAGAAGGUGGGGAAGAAGGAGAAGAUGGUGAGGAAGGGCCAGGGGAACAGGGUGACCGCGUUCCUCUCGAAGGAGGCACGGCCUAUAGGGGGAUCUGCGCCCCUCUUAAUGGGACUCUUCUGGCUGGGCUUUGUGCGGGACAGACCGGAGUGCAAAGUGUAGGGAGCGUUUACCCGCUGGUCACCCAAGUCUGAAAGACUGGAGAUCAGAGAGGAGAAAUGAAAGAUGAAGGUGGUCCUCCGCCAUGUUUAAAGGACACCGCCUCGCUGUGACUCACUGAACACAUGGGCAUGAUGGGAAGGAAUAAACGCAAUAAACAGAAAACGAUUGAGAAGGUGGAAAAUUCAGAUGCAGUAUUCAAAGGAAAGUUAUGAGGAGGUUACAAAAAAACUAAUUUCUCGUCUAUAAAACAUCUAUAAACCGCUGUUCCGGUAACCAAACUCAUUUUUACAUCACAGCCUUUACACUGGACCUUCAAUCAUUGAAUGUAUUUAUUUGAGAAACUGUUUUUAUCUAUUUAGAGAGUGGCAUCUCAAUGCUUUUGGAAAUAUAGCUGAGGAUAAGCUUGCGCAAUAAAAGCGCUCACACCUUUACCGCUUUAAAGAUCUUUCUCGGAAGAUCAACACAUCGGACUUAUUCGUAGGAAGAAGUGCCAUGCGGUGUCAUUUAAAAUGUCAUGCAUUUUGUCACCCGGGUCGCAGCCAUGAAUGUGCCAGGGAUUUGUGUGGAUGAAUGGAUAAAGUCUUAAGCAUCAUUCAUCUGGAACAGUUUUGUGUUACGGCUGUUCUGACAUUGUUGAGAUGCUGUGAAUGACAGAUGUGUGUGUUCAAAAGCUUUUUAGGAAAAUAUGUACAGUAAUAUAUAAUGUGUGUGCGCUCUAUGAACUGUGUAACGCUGAGCCAUGUUUGUGUACUAUUUAUUAAAAUUUUUAAUCAUACAAAAAUCAUACUAAAGUGACUCCGUGAACUACAAAAAGAUCAAACUGAAGAUCAAACUAUUACACCUUCAGCUGAGGUGUAAUAUUUAAAUUAAUAAUUGUAUAAUGUUUAACAUAACAAUAUUUAAGUUACUUCAAAUGAAUUUAAAUAGUUUUAGACCAUAGCAAAUAAAUAAAUAAGUUCAAAUAAAUACAGUACAGUAACACGUCUUGCAGUCCAGUGAUAAUGUAAAGCAUGUCUCCAUGAGCGAUGUUCCCAGUCCUCAUUUCUUAGUAUGCAGACUGGGACUGAAGACAGUCUGUAUGUGUGACUGAUGUCCUAUUCCUAGCGGGUCGUCGGAGUCCAAGUUUAUGUCCUUAAUAUACUGUUUCACCUCCUGUAUCUGGCUGUCCUCUCCUUUCCCCGCCAUUGCCAACUGAGUGUUCAUAACGGGGAGGAACCGAGAAAGUGGAGCACCGUGUUUCUGCCCAGACUGCUUUGUGAGGAGCGACAC